AUGGCGAGGGAGGUCACAAACAACCUAUUUGUGUUCUAUUUCGUCCACGAGAGGGACAUGAACCGUGUUAUCGAGGACGGGCCGUGGUCGUUUGAACAUAGCUUACUCUUGUUGAAGCGUGCUGACCCCAACACCCCUCCGUUCUCUGUUCCACUCAGCCAUGCAGAGUUUUGGAUCCAGGCUUAUAAUCUCCCGUGGAGCUUCCAAAACAAGAAGACGGCAGAAGCUAUUGGGUCUUUCCUGGGGGAGUUUGUCAAAAUGGACGAGGUGAACAUGACUGGCCUUUGGAAGCCGUUUAUGAGAGUGAGGGUUUGCAUUGACAUCUCCCUACCUCUCAAACGGAAAAUGAAGAUCCAGCCGAACAGAGGUGAAGCAUUUUACGUGGACUUCAAGUAUGAGAGGCUCCCUACGUUUUGUUUCAUUUGCGGCAUCAUUGGACAUAGCGAGAGAUUCUGUAGCAUGCAGUUUGAAGGAGUAACUGAAGACUUUGUUAGGCCUUUCAGAACCACUUUUGGGAACGCUAAUCAAGAGCAUGUACAGGGAGAAGAUGCAGGCAAAAAGAACGGGUCAGAGGAAGGGCAUUAUCCAGCAGAUCAAAGCAACCAAACUGACUUUGUUCAGAGUGUUGCAACACUAAAUGAAAAGCAUAAGGAACUGACCAACCAUUUAAUGUCCACAGAGUCAAGUUCAAACUUGGGCCUUUCUCAAUUCACUUAUGGAUCAAAUCUCUUGGAGCAAAGGAAACGGAAAGUGGGCCGAACCCAUGAAGAGUCCACAAACGAAGAUAAUAUGGGUAUGGACUUCUCCUUUCAGUUUGCUGAGCCAAAAAACUUGCUGGAGGCGGGACUUGGACCCCAGGCCCGCCAAGACCAAUGA